CUUCACACUCACCAAUCUGUCCAUGGAGGAGAGGUUAUUGGCGAGGAUGAAUGAGAUCAAUGAACAGAUUAAGGCAGCCGGCCCUGGUAAGGAUACAGUGGCCAAGAUAGCAAAGGAGUUUCGAGUCUUCCGGGUGUUGGUCUAUAAAAUUUUGGGCACGCUUCGGAGACAAAUCUCAGAGUGCUGCAAGUGUUCUGAUGAACAGGAGACGCGGCACCGACGGAAAGAUUUGGUGUUUAUGGGUAUACCCAAAGUUAAGGAUGAAGACUGCAGUAAGGUAGUACUGGAAAUUAUUAACACCAGGCUACAACUCAAUCUUCCAUUGUCUGCAAUCAAGGCAAGCCGUAGACUGGGAGCAAGCACUAAAGAUCUUCCUAGACCAAUUCUGGUGCGGUUCACAACCAUUGGAAAUAAGGCUUUGGUCUGGCGAGCUAAAACUGGUCUUCGGGGUUCUAAAAUAUCUGCGCGUGAGUUUUUAACACGAUCCAGACAGGAGUUGUUUGUCAAGGCGCGCCAUCACUUCGGCAUGCGUGCUUGUUGGACGCAGGAUGGCAAUAUCUUCCUGAAGACAGCAGACGGCACUAAGCAUAAGGUAAAAUGCUCUGGGGAUCUAAGUCCUCUCCUCAGCAAAUACUCGAAGGUGGUGGGAGUGCCGAAGCCUGCAGCCGGGCGUGGGGAAGCAAGCGCGGUGAGCCUUGUAGAUUUGUUUGUAUUUUUCUUUCUACAUUGCUUUUUCAAGUGA